AUGGAUAUGGACGAGAUCAUCGUCGACCCUUCGCAGCCCAGGUUUGGCGUUGCACCACCCACAACACCCCAGCCCGAAGUCCGCCUCACAGCAGCGGGCCUGCCGAGGAAGAAGCCCGGCCGCAAGCCUGGCUCGACGUUGAAGCCUAAGAACCCCGAUGACCCGCCCAAGGUUCGAAAGCCCAGGAAGCCCAAAGACCCCAACGCUCCUCCCAUCCAGCGAAAACGCAAGUCCGCCCCUGCCCAGGACGAACCGGUCGAACCUGCCGACUCCAAGUCCCUCGCCGCUUCCGCUUCUGCCUCUGCGUCCGCCUCUGCGUCCGCCUCUGCGUCCGCCUCUGCGUCCGCCUCUGCGUCCUCAUCGCGCCAACACCGCAUCUCCGACAUUGUCGACAUUGACUCGGCUGACUCUGGACGCCGCACACCUUCGGCCCAAGACUACAUCUCCCAAAAGGCCCUCAAGCGGGAAGAACUGCCAAGGUCGAUGCAGAGCAUACUAAACUCCGAUCCUGAGCCUCUGUCGAUGCACCCAUCCAACGGAAGCACGACGCUGCCCACGCGCACCAGCGGCCAGAGCUAUGACCCCAUUCGGGGCAACUACGACCCCGUGCGAGGAAUUUUCGGCAACGCCACAUCGCCACGACCGCCGACAUCCACCCUCAACCGGGCCAGCGCGUCGCCCUCGAUCGCCAGUCUCGUCGAGCCUGUUCGUGGCGUCGCCGCCUCGCCCUCACAACAACAGUCCUACCAGCCGAACCACGCGCAAUCUCGCGUCGAAUCGGCCCCCACAUCGCCCCUCUACCACGCCCGCCCUGCGCCCCAGCCCAUGGCCAAGCCUGCGCUACCCGACUCGACGAAAUCGACGGCACCACCUUCCGUUUCGGCCGGCAAGUCGGAACCCAAAUCUCGCGAAGUUCCCUUGGCCACUGGCAUCACGGCCCUGAAGAAGGCGAACAAGACCAAGUCGAGCACGGCAGCCUCGUCACCGAAGAACACGAUGGACGACCCGACCAUCCUGCCGACCGAUACGAACCGCUCGAUUCUCGACUUUGGCAAGGCCGAGCCCGGCAAGGACUUCCAGCCCCCCUCGAUCGUUUUGCACAUUCCCCUCCAAGUGGGCGAGACGAACAAGUAUGUCAACUUUAUGCGCGAAGCCGAGGAGCGUUACGGCUGGGACGCACUGUAUCCACGCGUCGUCGCGCAGCGCGACCGCAAGGCACUCAUCGCUGCGGCGUGGGCGGCGUUCGGAAGACGGCGCCGGGUCAAGAGUCGGUUGACGAUGCCUCGUCUGUACGCGUUUUUUUUUGUUUAUCGUUGCUAA